GCUGAAUAAUUGUCAUUUUUCAGACCUCCGACACAUUAAAAUACAACACUUGAAAUCAGAAAAAUAAAGAGUAAUGAGUUAUAGCAACUAGCAAAAAGUCAGUGAAAGCCUAGAAGUAAACACCUCUUCUCACACAAUCCUAGACGGGAUUACAGCACAAAUGUGUUAGCUUGCUAAUGCUAAUUGACACGCAUGAAGCUUCACCUUCAGUCGGUGGCCCGGGAAGCACCAUACACACGACCCGAAUAUCCCCGCCUUUGCUGGCACAUAGCGUCCAAUCCCCUGUCCUGUUGUUUUGAUCAUCGCGGCUAAUUUCUGACUGUAAUCUGAUUAGGCCGCUGAGCAGCUUUGGCGUCCCGCUGCGCUGUCGUUCUCCGACUCGGGUGACAUUGUGAACAGGCUGCGUGGUGUCAUUGCCGGGUGGUGGUGGUGGCGGUGGUGCUUCCACCGCUUGAGUGCCAGUUUGCGACCGCUCUUCUCCUGCUGCGCGUUAUCCACGGUGCUAAACAUGUUCCGAAACCCUUGGAUAUCUGGUUACCAUGUCAACAAUGUCCAGUACUGCGGCUCAGGAUUUGGAUCCGAAGCUGUGGGCAAACUUUGCUCCUCAACAUCAUUGCCAAACGAAGCCUUAAGUUUUCAGAGUGAUUUCUCUUUGCACGACAAGGCCGCCCUGGUCAAGAGCAUUUCAGAUACAGAUGCCAAACUGCUGGUGGUACUUCCCAAGGUUUCAGAAUUGAAGAAAUACUUCGAGGGAGCUGUUCCAGCAGAUUUCGAGAUGAACAGGAAGGAGAGGAUGGCCCGCCGUCUGGAAGGGAUUGAAAGUGACGCUCCGCCAGUCCUGCUGCCUGGCGGUUUGGUUGCUAACAGAAUGCUGGAAGAGGACCCACAUCGGUACACGAGGGCCUCGGACCCCUGCGAUCCUUGUGUGAUGGCAGUGAGGCGCCUCAGUCGAGAGGAGCUGGACGCACCCCAGAAGCCUGUGACAUCUCCACAGUGCCAGUCCAGAGCUGGAGUCAGCCGCACUGAGGCAAUGUUGGUGUAUGUCGACCCUGUGACGUUAUCUACCUCGUCGACACCAGCGUCCACACCCUCAGACGCAGCCGAUCUGAGAUCCAAGGCCGAGCGCAUCGCCCGCUACAAAGCCGAGAGACGGAAGCAGCUCUCAGAGCGGUACGGCAUCCUUCUCGACCAGGAAGCGGACAUUGAUUAUGCAUCUCGCUACCGUGUGCGACUCGACCAAGAUUCCGCUGCCGACAGACACUCAGCUGGAAGACGAGAUAGACCAGAAACAGAACCAACAGAAGAUGAAACUGGUGGCCCGUACCGCUCUGGUGUGGGCAGAGUUUACAUGAGGACUCACCCAGACCUUGCAUCCGCAAUUCCACCAGGCCCAAUCAGCACAAACCAAGCUUCAGCCCCUACGCAAGAUAGCAGAUUCUUAGAACAGGAAAGAGCCAUGAACAUCGAAAACUACCGGAGAGGCGGCGCUGAAGAAUGCACAUCUGGAAUCAGGGCCCAGGAGCACCAUGUGCCUCUGCCCCAACAUCAUCAUAAUCAGCAACAGCAGCAGCAGCAGCAAAAUCCCACUCACCACCACCACAUAGAUGCAACACAUAAAGAGCAGAGUCCCAAUUCCAGCAGGGAGUCCAGCGUCACAGCGGUGCCCGGGUCUCCUCGCACUGCCCGCCGGGCCUCACUGCCAUCAACCCGCUACGGUAUCUCACCUGGGGAUUUGUUCAUUGAGCAGCAGGCACAAAGCAUUCUCAACAGGCAGGGAAUCAGAGGCAGUACACAGAGGCCUCCUGAGUGGAGAACAGACAGACAUCACAGUACCAGACACCGAACUCAGGAGAACCCGCUUGCACACGGCCCGGAACCCGGACAGUAUAGAACUAUUCCUCAGCCUCGCCCCAGUCCAGGUCACUCUCAUUCUACUCAUGACUACCAACCUUCCAUUGACUACCAAAACCUCCCCAUGUCCACCGGCCAACUCCACAGUCCCCCAGAGAUCGGGGGAUCACGAAGGCGAGUGAGCGCUGACCAAAUUCACGCAGCACACAAGGAGGCAAGGCUGGAGGCAAGGUUGGAGACCCAGCAAGCCUCCAAAGAAGAAGUCCACACGGAAGGUCUGUUGAAGAGCCGGAAAGCGGUGUUGCCAUCCGAAAUCCGUAAGCGAGAAAAGACGGCAGAUGAUCCUCACAGAGAUCCAAACAAAAAUGUGGAGAGUCAUACGAACAGCCCGGAACAGAUGAUACUUAGUCAAGAAUUUGAGGAAGCCUGUCAUUCACCCAGAGAGCGAAGACGGGAAAGGAACACAGAGAAGAUACGAGAACGAAGGAGGCAUCGUUUCUCGGGUCAUGAGACUCAAGAGGACAGAGUGUUAAGACUAGUGCACACGGAGAAUGCCUCGGAAACGUUCAACCAUCCAGAGUCACUCAUGCUUCAGACAGAAAUCAGAAGGGGUGCUGAGGAAGAUCUUCCACAACAGUAUCAGUACAACUCCUCAAGGAAGCCUCAGGAGUUCAAAGGAGAACACCAGACACGACAAGAAGCUCAUCUGAUGAGAGUGGAAGAGGCCCGGCGGUAUGAAGUCUCAGAGCCUCAAAGGCAGCAAGAAUUGCAGAGGAGCGACUCAGCUAUUUAUCUUCAGAAGGGUUCUUCUUUACCUCAGGCCAAGCACAGAAGCACAGAAGCAGGUGGAGGGCCCAAACCCAAAACACGAAUCCGCUCUAUGUCAGACAUUGGUAUCAGCGAGGAUUCUGUCAUGUACCGGAGGCAGAGGGCUACCGCCACCCGCGAGACCUCCUCCAGGCCUGUGCCUUUAUCAGGGGCGGCUAAUGGCGAGAUGGGAACCUUGGACACUCGAGUAUCAGUGGCCCAGCUGCGACACUCUUACCUGGAGAACGCCAACAGAAAGCCUGACUUCGAGAGUACCCAUUUCUCAGCGAUGGAAGUAGAGCUUGCAGCGAGUGGCAUGGAUCCCCGGGGGGACCGAGCUGCUCGGAGGCCCCGCCGCUACAUCACACCGGGGGACGGCCGCAUGUCUGAAAGGAGUCGGACUCAACCAAUCACAUCUGCGGAACGUUUGGAGACUGACAGGUCCUAUCUUAGUCCAGCACUGGUGCAAGAUGUUGAAGUGGAUGAAGAAAAACUGGACGAGCGAGCCAAGAUGAGUGUGGCGGCCAAGAGGUCCCUUUUCAGGGAGUUGGAAAAGACUUUGGAGGGUGGUGUUCCCAAGCCUCGCUCUCGAAAUGCUGCCGUGGAACGCCGUCUACGCAGGGUCCAGGAUCGCUCGCACACUCAGCCCGUCACCGGCAAGGAAGUGGUCGACGCUUGCAGUGAACCUUCCACAUCAUCACACACUGUGGGAAGCCACACCAGCCCCAGCGCCAGCACCGCCAGUUCAGCUGUUGUCAGCGCCACUGUGACGACCACCAGAAUCCAAGCAGCUCCAGCCCCCCAGGAGACGGUCCAGGUGACCCAAGAGGACGAGAUCCCUGAAGUGGAGGGAGACCACCUAUCCACGCUCAGCUUGGCCGAGAAGAUGGCCCUCUUCAACCGGCUCGCCCAUCCGGCGGACGAUGUGUCGCCGAAGAGUGACACCGCCCGCCAGCGUCGCACUCUUGCCCGCUUUCAGACGCAGCCCAUUACCCAGAGCGAAGUGGAAUGGUUAAAACAGGGCAGUCAAGUCAAACUAGAGCCCCUCCCCGCCUCCGUUGUCCGCUCUGUGGCAGCUGCCCCCUCUCAUGCCUCCAUUACCAUGGUAACCGUGACGCCCGCAUGCAGCAGCAGCAACAUCGCCCACGAGGGGGGCACUAUCACCCAACAACAGACCCCUACCACGACUGCAGACUACCAGGAGAGGGCAUCGCGGUACUUCUCAAUUACCCAAAGCAAGGGGGACCCAGGCCACCCCAAGCUCCGCCCCAAUAGCUCUGAACAACAACUGGGGGGACUCCCUUCUCCCGCCCCUUCUUCCGGCACUCUUCGCCGGCAUCAGGCGGAGGCGGAGGAGCACGACAAGGAGGAGGCGCAUCCCAGCCGUAGAGCCUUCGGCGAUACCCAGGAGAAGAACGCAGAGGGGGGAAGAGGACAAGAAGGAAGAAGCCACCACCUGGGAGAAGAGGCAGCAGGAGAUGGUGGCAGCGUCAGCCAAGAAAGACUCUCAGAUCUGCGGGAUUGCACAGUGUCACCGAGACCUUUGAUAAGCACAGUGUCUUCCACGACAUUUCAAGUCUCAAGCGCCCAGCAGACCCAUCCUGUCAUUCAGCCUCCCCCGACUCCACCCAAAUCCUUCCUGCCGCAAACCCACGCAGAGCCACCGAAGCCCCACUUAUACGUACAGCCAUCCCAAUCCCCUCCGACGUAUCCAAAACCAUUCACUCAGCCCCAGCAGAGCCAGGCCAAAAUUCAGGAACUCCUCUCCAAGCCUUACCUUCAACCGGACUCUCAGCCCCUACCCAAACUCCAAGUGCCUCCGCCAACGCCGCCAAAACCACAGGGUUUCCCCCACCCGCUGGUCAAGUCUCAGUCGUUGCCGCUGGAGCACAGCCACAGCGACGACUACAGCAGGCUUAGUGGCCAGUCGGUUAAUCGACUGUCCCCAACGGGUUCCGCGGACCGGCUGCCUUACGGCAUGUCCAGCAAACAAAUGUCCAUCAAGGAGAGAGUGGCCCUGCUGAAGAAGAGCGGCGAGGAGGACUGGAGGAACCGGAUCAACAAAAAACAGGAAGUGGCAAAUGUGGCAUCCACCGAGGCGCCCCGGCAACAAGAGGCUGAGCCAACGCAUCAGAAGGAGGAAGAGAUGGUCAUCCAUGACCACUCGGGAGGGUGCGUGUCAGAUCAGCUUUGGGAACCUGUCUUCUCCUCCACUUUCUCUCCUCCUUUCUCCCUUGGACAAAAGUGUCAGUACAUUGAGCAUCACGCUCAGGCUCAGCCGGCCAGAAAGGAGGACAAGGGAGCCCAGAUGACCAUUGAGGAGAGGAAACAGAUGAUCUCAAUGCGAGAGGAUGCCUGGAAGAGCAAGGGCAAGGGUGCGGCCAACGAUUCCGGCCAGUACACGGUGGCAGCGCGCAUGGUGAAGAAAGGCCUGGCUGCCUCCUCCUCGGUCAUGGGGCCGAUCCUUUCCCCCGUCUCCACCAAGCUCAAGGGCAGCGGCACCACACUGGUGAAACCUCAGGAGGGCAUUGAAGCCAGAGCAGACAUGGAGUCAGAUAAAAAGCUGGACAAGUUGGAGACCUUCUUGGGACGCCUCAACAGCAAAGUGUCCGAACUGCAGGAGAGCACUCUGACAGUCACAGAGAAGGCGGUUAAGGAAGUGAUGAAGCUGGACGACGAGAUCUUCUCUAACUUCUACCGCCGCGUGGCUGAAUUGCCAAACAUACCCUCGCGUAUCGAGCUCGGCGAGGACUUCGACGCCAUUUUCGGCUCACAGCAGGGCUCUGGCAGGCUGACGUCGGCUAUGGUGCAGCACAAGCGCUCUGUGCGUCCAUCCAGGAACGUGCAGGCCUCCCGCAAUCCCGUCAAGAUGCUGGCCGCCCGCCAGGACAUACGACACGAGUACACCGAGCAGAGGCUCAAUGUGGCUCAGCUGGAAAGUAAGAGGAUGUCCUCCGACAAGACGAUUAAAAGAUCAGAAUAUUCCGAUGCAGCUCUGGCAGGUUUGUCCAGUAAGGAGAACUACAGCACUGUGAGUUUGCGCAGCGUCAACGUAGCGGACACGCCCACAUCUAACAACAGCGCUGUCCCGUACAAAAACCUCAUGCUUCUACACAUCAAAGGCCGUCGCCACGUUCAGACCAGACUAGUCGAGCCGAGAGCAUCGUCACUGAACAGCGGGGAUUGUUUCCUGCUCGUGACACCCGAGCACUGCUUUGUGUGGAUAGGAGAGUUCUCUAAUGUCAUUGAGAGGGCCAAGGCUAUGGAUCUGGCAAUGUACAUCCAAACAAAGAAAGACUUGGGCUGCAGGGCAACUAAGGUACAGAUCAUCGAGGAAGGCGCCCAAAUGCAGAGUCCAGAUUCACAAGAGUUUUGGACCAUUCUCGGAGGACAGACUCCUUACCAACCUGCUGGUCCGCCAGAGGAGGACGACCGCUUUGAGAACGCCAUCGUGGAGACCAACUGCAUCUUUCGCCUGGUCGCUGACAAAUUGAUGCCUGAUGAUGAUGAAUGGGGGAAGGUCCCUCGCUGCUCCUUGCUGUCAUCGAACGAGGUGGUGGUGUUGGACUUCGGCAGCGAGGUGUACGUGUGGCACGGCAAAGAAGUGACGCUGGCCCAGAGGAAGGUGGCCUUUCAGUUGGCCAAACACCUCUGGAAUGGUACCUUUGACUACACCUGCUGCGACAUCAACCCCCUGGACCCCGGAAGCUGCAACACCCUAAUACCAAGGAAGGGCCAAGGCCGUCCCGAAUGGGCGAUAUUCGGCAGGCUCACCGAGUACAAUGAGACCAUCUUAUUCAAGGAGAAGUUUGGGGACUGGUCCGAAGUGAAGCCGCCACUGUCACCGACAGAAGUGAGCGAUCAGCUAUCAGAACAACAGAAGUCCACAAAGCGGGAGUGCCGGCCGUAUGACGCCAGCCUGAUGCUGCCGCUCCUCCAGUCAUCUGCCACCACUAUCUUGGAUGGCGUGAAUGUGGGCCGAGGCUAUGGAUCAGUGGAGACAGAGGACCACAUGAGGACUCAAGAGAUCAGCACCCUUUCGGUGGAUGUGUGGCACAUCCUGGAGUUCGACUACAGCCGCCUACCACGCCAGAGCAUCGGCCAGUUCCACGAAGGUGACGCCUACGUGGUCAAAUGGAAGUACAUGGUCAGCACGUCAGUGGGACGCAGAAAUAACCCAGAGGUGAGGAGCACUGGACCAGGACGGGAGAAAUGUUGCUAUUUCUUCUGGCAAGGCCGACACUCCACUGUUAGCGAGAAAGGAACGUCGGCAUUGAUGACGGUUGAGCUGGAUGCGGAGAGAGGGGCUCAGGUGCAAGUGCAGCAGGGCAAAGAGCCUCCGUGUUUCCUGCAGUGUUUCAAUGGUGGAAUGAUCGUCCACGCCGGAAAGCGGGAAGAAGAGGAGGAGAAUAUCCAAAGCGAAUGGCGUCUGUACUGCGUGCGUGGUGAGGUGCUGGCAGAGGGCCACCUGCUAGAAGUGGCGUGCCUCUGCAGCAGCCUGCGCUCUCUACCGUCCAUGAUCCUGCUCAGUGUCGACAAGGCAGCUAUCUACCUGUGGCACGGCUGCAAGACACAGGUGCACACCCGCAGUGUGGCCAGCACGGCGGCGCUCAAGAUCAAAGAACAGUGUCCUCUUGAAGCAGGACUCCACAACAGCAGUAAGGUGACCAUUCAUGAGUGCGACGAGGGCGUGGAGCCGCCGGGCUUCUGGGAGGCUUUGGGACACAAGGACAGGAAGGCCUACGAUUGCAUGUUGCAAGACCCUGGAAAAUUCAACUUCACUCCACGGCUCUUCCAAUUGACCAGCACAUCAGGAGAGUUUGUGGCGACCGAGUUCUUCCACCCGUCCCGUGCGCCGGACCUUGUCAGUUCGCUGCCCUUCCUGCAGGAGGAGCUCUACAACGUGGUGCAACCAGCGUUGUUCCUGGUGGACAACUUCCACGAGGUCUAUUUGUGGCAAGGCUGGUGGCCACAGGACAGCGAGAGCAGUGGAUCAGCUCGCAUGCGCUGGGAUGUGGACAGGAAGUGCGCCAUGGAGACGGUGCUACAGUACUGCAAGGAGAAGAGUGACCGGAAACCUCAGAAGUCAUACCUGAUACACGCUGGACUGGAACCACUCACCUUCACCAACAUGUUUCCUAGCUGGGAGCACCGGGAGGAUGUCGCCGAGAUCUCAGAGAGGGAAGCAGAGGUGUGCAACCAGAUCAUCCUGGUCGAGGACGUGCUGGCCCGGCUCAGUCAGAACACGUUCCCGCUGGACCAGCUGAGGGCCCGGCCGCUCCCGGAGGGUGUGGACCCACUACGCCUGGAGAUCUAUUUGUCAGACCGUGACUUCGAGAGCAAGUACUAGAUGUGUUGAGGAGGCUCUGGAGAUGAAGAGGGACAAAUAUGAACGUCUGCCAGGGUGGAAACAGGUCAAUUUGAAGAAGGCCAAAGGACUGUUUUAAGCAGGUUUCAUUAAAGAUGGAACAAGAAAAGCACAAAAAGGGGGAAAGAGAAAGAUGGAAAUUUACAGGGAAACGGCAUGAAGACUUGAAAGGCACUUCCUGUUUUGUGUCGGAAAAUCGCAACACCAAAUGUGUUGGUUUUUGUGGAGCUGACACCACGUUACGCAAGUGUGCAGAUUUGGCAUCAUCGUUACAAUGUAAAUGUUUGAUUUAAAAUCAUGUAUAGUGCCUUUGCUUAAUUUUCUUGUGUACAGUUUAUAUAAAGACGGUGGCAUAAAGCAUAGAAAAUCCAAAAUGGAGUCAUUUUGUGUGUCCUACUUCAUAAAUGAAAGCACUUUUGAGCCCACUUUAACUGAUUGAGAUUUUUUUUUUUUUGAACAAAAGUAUGUUGUUUCCAUGGAAUGAAUGAAUGAAUAAAUAAAUGACAAUAGAGUGAAUAGAAUUUGAAAAAACAAUCUGUAAAUAUGUGAAUCUGUGGAUGCUGGGCCACGAGUAUACUACUGUACAGGGGUACACUAUAUUGAUUACACUUUUAACCCCUCUUUGAUUGAGGAUGCAUUCUUUGUAAUAUUGUCUGU